GCAAAACCACGGCCCCAGCGCCUGACUUCCAAAGCCCACCUUUUCCCACCGUUUCUUUCCUCACCUCCCGCGACAGCAGCGGCAGCUGCCAUGGCCGCCUCCUGCGACCUCCUCGAUGUCGACCCUCCGGAGCUCCAGUUUCCGUUCGUCCUCGACAAGCAGAUCUCCUGCCCGCUGCGGCUCGUCAACAGGACUGACCGUACCGUCGCCUUUAAGGUCAAGACGACGAACCCCAGGAAAUACUGCGUGCGGCCCAACAAUGGUGUCGUGCCGCCCCGAUCCUCUUCCACGGUUGUAGUCACGAUGCAGGCGCAGAAGGUGGUGCCUCCGGAUUUGCAGUGCAAGGACAAGUUCUUGGUGCAGAGCGUGGUCGUCAGUGAUCGCUUGUCAGCCAAGGACAUAACCUCUCAAAUGUUCGUGAAAGGGGGUGGUAAUGUGGUCGAGGAGGUGAAAUUGAAGGUUGCUUAUGUGAUGCCACCUGAACCGCCAUCAGAGAUUGCAGAGGAGCACGAUGGUUUAGAGAGAGUUUUAGUGCCUAUGCAGAGGACUGUGGAUAAUGGGAGGAGUACUUCAGGGCUAUCGAGUGGCUCCGUGUCAUUGAAAUCAGCUGAGGAGGUCGGAUCACCUGUUGGUCGAAUUGUGAAGAGUGAGGAGUUCCUGAAGUCUGCAGGACCUGCUAUGGCAACAAAAACAUAUGCGGGACCUGGUGAACAAUCUCAUCAGCUGUCAUCUAUAAUUGCAAAGUUGACUGAAGAAAAGAAUUCUGCACUUGAGCAAAACAGAAAACUUCAAGUUGAAUUGGAACUUGUAAGGUGCGAAGCCAGGAAACAGCAAGGUGCCUUCUCGUUGGUUCUCUUAUUAGCAUUUGGGCUCCUUGGCAUUGUUCUAGGUUACAUUGUAAAGAAAUGAGAAUUCCAUAGUCUAAUCGGGUAAUCGCUAUGGUAAAUAAAAGGUGAUAUAUCGUGUGAUUCUUACAUUCAUCAGCCAGCUGCCAAUGCUACAGAGCCGUGCAACAGUGCAGCCGUCAAAUUGACAGAACUGGGAGGGGGUAAUAGCAUCUAAUUUGAUCCACAUGGUGUAUUUUAACUAAAUCACUGGAAAAGUGAUUGUUCUUAUGUUGAUUGAUUUCUGUUUCUAUCCUGUGGAUUGGGUCCACUUUUGAAUGUGACCACGUUGUUAA